AUGGCAGUCGAGGACCGGGCGGCGACCGAUGUGGAGGCGUCGGGCGUCAAGGAGCCGUAUUCCUCUGAUCAGGACAAGCGCGAUGUGAGCAUUGGGCCUGCCGUCACUGGCGACAUGACGCUCGAGGAGCUCGGCGUGGACGAGAAAGCUCUGGUGCGAAAGCUUGACAAGUACCUACUCUGGCUAGUGAUGAGCUUGUACCUGUUUAGCUUUCUCGACAGAGUAAACAUUGGCAAUGCCCGUCUCUACCACUUUGAAGAGGACCUCGGCCUGGUGGGCAACCAGUUCCAGAUCGCCGUCUCCAUCCUCUUCGUCACCUACAUCACCUUCGAAGUGCCCUCCAACCUGGUCAUCCAAAAGUUCACGCCGCGCUAUUUUAUCGCCUUCAUCACCGUCGGCUGGGGCAUCGUCGCAACCCUGACGGGGCUUGUCCAGAACUACGGAGGCCUGAUCGCAUGUCGUCUCAUCCUCGGCGCACUCGAGGCCGGGCUGUUCCCUGGCAUGAACAUCUUUUUGACCCUGUUCUACACCAAACACGAGCUGGCCAUGAGGGUGGGCUAUCUUUUUGUGAGUGCCGCAAUCGCUGGCGCAAUAGGAGGGCUGUUGGCGUUUGGCAUUGGACACAUGGACGGCAUCGCGGGGAUGCACGGCUGGAGGUGGAUCAUGAUUGUCGAAGGCAUCCCGACCAUCCUCCUCGGGGUCUGCGUCUUCUUCUUCCUUCCCAACAACGCCGAGACGGCCUACUUCCUGACCGAGAACGAGAAAAAGGCAAUGGUGAUCCGCCGCGCGCGACAGUACGGGCACACGACGUCUGCGCAAAAGUUCAGCAAGAAGGACAUGAACAAGGCCUUCUCGGACUGGAAGGUCUGGCUGUUCGCGGCGGGCCAGUUCGGGGCCGACACAUGCCUGUACGGCUUCUCGACCUUCCUCCCUACCAUCAUCCGCGGCAUCGGCACCUGGAGCAACGCGGAGGUGCAGCUGCUCACCAUCCCGUGCUACUUCCUCGGCGCCGUGUCGUACAUGACCACCGCGUACUGGUCCGACCGCACCCAGCGCCGGGGCGUGUUCUGCGUCGGCUUCGCCCUGACCACCUGCGUCGGCUACGCCAUCCUCAUCUCGCCGCUGCCGUCGGGCGUGCACUACUUUGGAUGCUUCCUGGUUGCGACCGGCUUGUACGUCCUCGUCGGACUGCCGCUGGCCUGGCUGCCCAGCAACAGUCCCCGGUACGGGAAGCGGACCACCGCCAACGGGCUGCAGUUGACGAUUGGAAACUCGAGUGGAAUCAUGGCGCCGUUUAUAUACGAGUCGAGGGACGCCCCGCGGUACAUUCGCGGACACGCAACUACCAUGGCCAUGGUGGCCAUGGCGGGCGCCAUCUACGCCACCAUGUCGUGGUGGUUCGCAAGGGAGAACAGGCUUCGGGAGGAGGGCAAGGUCAAGCCCGAGCACCAAAGCCUGACUGAGGAUGAAAUGGCCGAGCUCGGCGACGAAAGUCCCAGGUUCAGGUAUGCGAUUUGA